CCCGCUCCUCCGAGCCUCGAAGAGCGCAGGCUCUACUAUUUCAAUAUUUUUCCUGCUUGCCCCCGGCUCGUUGCGCGCUCUAGCACAUUUGUCUGGGAGCAUCCCAGGAAGCCUGGCUCCGUCAUGUAUCUGACACGUUUGCGGUUUGAUAGAAGAGACUCACCAUUUUUUCGACUAUGGGAAAAUUGGAAAUCUGGCCUUAUCAUCCAGCUCAUGAGGAUUGCCGAAAGGGUAAAUUAUACCUUUAUGGAGACGGCUCGUGUUGAGAUAAAUGGUGAAUCCCACGAUACGCUCAUGAUCGGCGUCGAGCCAGAUUCACUGUCAUGGGAACGCGGAUAUGCUCUCGCACUGCGAUGCAAAGCAGUCUUGGAAGAACGUGGUAUCCACAACGUGCAUUGCGAGAUACGGGAG